AUGCUCCGGCCAGAGGCAGCACGGACUACCGUGCACCAGCCAGAGGCAGCAGGGUCUGCCGUGCACCUGCCAGCUGCAGCACGGUCUGCCGUGCACAGGCCAGAGGCAGCACGGUCAGCAGUGCAACGGCCAAUGGCAGUACAGUCUGCUGUGAACCAGCCAGUGGCAGCAUGGUCUACCGAGCACCGGCCAGCAGCAGCACAGUGUGCCUUGCAGCAGCCAGAGGGAGCACGGCCUGCCGUGAACCGACUAGAGGCAGCACUGUCUGCCAUGCACCAGUCAGCAGUAGCACAGUCUGUCGUGCACCGGUCAGUGGCAGCAUGGUAUGCCAUCCAUCGGCCACAGGCAGCACAGUCUGCCGUGCACCGGCCAGAGGCAGCACGGUCUGCCAUGCACUGUCCAGCAGCAGCAUGGCUUGCCAUGCACCGGCCAGUGGCAGCACAGCCUUCCUUGCACUGGCCAGCAUCAGCACAGUCUCCCUUGCACCAGCCAGCGGCAGCGUAUUCUGCCGUGCACCGGCCAGUGGAAGCACGAUCAGCCAUGCACUGGCCAGCUGCAGCACUUUCUGCCAUGCACCAGCCAGCGGCAGCCAUGUCUUCCAUGCACCAGCCAGCAACAGCAUGGAAUGUAGUGCACUGCCCAGCGGCAGCACAGCCUGUCGUGGACCGACCAGAGCAGCACGGUCUGCCGUGCACCGUCCAGCAGAAGCAUGGCCUGCCAUGGACCGGCCAGCAGCAGCACAGCCUUCCUUUCAACGGCCAGCAGCAGCAUGGUCUGCCGUAUACUAGACAGCGGGAGCAGGGCCUGCCGUGCACUAGCCAGGGCUAG